GUGACUUGUUUCUAUUCCAGAUCUUGAAAUGCGGUGAUAGUCUUCAUCAGCUAUAAAUCAAAAAUUACAUUAACCCCCCUUCUUGGCACAAAAUCGCUGAUCAUCUGCGUAUGGUACGGGCAUCCAUUUCAAUCAAAUAACACCACCAGACUUAUAAUUCUCGAUGUUACGCCGAGAUUGGUCCUAAUAUUCGUUGUACAGAAAAAAUUUACACUUUUUACUGCAAUCAUGACUGAAACAGAUAUGGAGGAAAUAAGAAAACGCAUGGCUGAGCUGUCAUUAGUUUCGUUUAGAAAGAUGGAAGACAUCAAGAAGCUCGCGAAACACUUCUGCGAUGUCGUCAACCAUCCGAAAACGCAAGAGAAGCUGCCAGUGCACCGAUACUUGAAGGAGUUGUAUGAGACCCAUAGGAAGAUAUGCUUCAAACAACUUGAUGGGGUGGAAGUGGAAUAUAUAUUUACUACGGAGAAAAAGAGCAACUUGCAGCGGCAGAGAUUCAACAGCCUCCCUGUUAGCGAAGUGCCUGAGCUGCUCAAAGCUGAGCUAAGUUCUGAUAAUGCAAAGCAAGUACAUAUUUGUACGGACUGCGAUGUCGAGAUCGAACUGAACGAUGAAGAACCACUGAUGGAGUCGUUACAGCGUCAUUUCAACUUGGACGUUCAUCUGCCGAAACUUAAACGCGAGAGCAUUGAUGUCGCCGAACCGAUUAUCUUGCCAAAUAUGUCUAGACGUUUGUCAGCAUUGGAGAGUGGCGAAAUGCCCGCCCAAAAAAAUGAUGCAGGCAAGUCCAAACAGCUCGAAAAUUUGGAUAAAAUGUUCUGCGGGAAACUCAACGCUUCGCUUAUCAGAAUCUUACCGGAUAACUCCGAGGCUAGUGUUGAUGCAGCCUUGAAGUUUUAUCAAUCCAGUCAUAUGAAACUUUGCCAAGAGAUCUCGGUGAUAGAUUUCUCCACGCAAACCAGCUCAGUCGCUCCCAUCAUUAUGAGCAUCAAGGACAAUGUCAAUCAAAAUUUCUCGGCUGACGCGAACAAAAACUUUGAUAACGACACAGUGGAGCCUGUACCUGAAAAACCAAUAAGGAAUCAAGUGAAGAAGUACCGGUACUAUGGGCCUAUUGAAGAUUUAAUCAUGAAAUUGUUGACUGAUCAUAAAUUAAUUACUUUAGUUGACGACAGAACAGGGAAACUUGCAUUUUUCUGCAUUUCGUGCGAGUAUUAUACAUUAAGAUUUAGAUAUGACAGUGUACUGAAUCAUGUCUUUAGUGAAACUCAUAUACACAAUCUGGCGUGUAUACUGCAAGGGGAUAAACAUAUUUCCUUUGCAAUGGAGGAACGUACUGUGGACAAAAUUAAGGAAAUGAAUCGAAAAUUCCUUUAUAACAACUAUAUUACUGACAAUUCACAUGGUAUCAACUGUGGUCUCUGCAGAACCCAAAUUGAAGCCAGUGAUCAUUCAGCCACAAUCAUGCAUAUUUUAGAAGAACACCAUUUGGGACGUCUUUCAGACAAGUUGUACAUCAAAAUGAAGAAUACGGAUAACUCGCAAGAAGAUUGGGGGCCUAAAAGUCUGGAUUGGGACAAAUUCCUCGCAAGUAAUGGCAAACCUCUUAACAGAUGGGAUCAUGUUGCUAUUGAGAAUUUUAUAAAGCCUUCAGGGAAGAUUGCAAAUUACUGUUCAUGUUGUGAUAUGACCACAAAGGGUCCACGACAGGUGCUCUUUAAACAUAUCCGGCAGAAGAAGCAUUUAAGGAACGCAGCUCCUCUUAAAUUGUCUCUGCUGUAUAGGAACCAUUGCCGCCCAUCUGAAUAUUAUGCCAGCUUCGGCAAUUUCUACAUCUGCAGCAUUUGCCCAGAUUAUGUUGCUAUGCCGUCGUUCGCAGGAAUAGUUGAGCACUUUGACAGUCCUAUCCACAUUGAGACAAUCUGCAAGUUGAUCCGUGCAGCACUCUUCUCAGAUUUGGAUAAGAAUUUAUUGGAACUGAACAAAAUAACAAUCUCUGAUGGAAUUAAAUGUGAAAUCUGUGAGAUAAGCUGCGAAAAUAUGUCUGAAGCGAUAACACAUAUACUUUCCAAUGUUGAACACCAAAAUGCUGUAGCAGAAUCACGUGCAAGAGAGAACAGAGGAGAUUUAAUAAGUGUUUAUAUGAAUGGUCAUUAUGUGAAACACAGUGAGGGCGCACAGUUUACAUGUGAUGUCUGCCAAGGAGUAUUUAACUCGAUCCGUUCAUUGUUGAACCAUUUGUUUUAUGCUAACCACUUCAAACAGAAGCUGGCUGCUGAGAAUGUGUUCCGUUUCUAUCUGGAACUGAAGCAUAAUAUAAAUAUUCUGUCUCGUAAUCGCUUUGUGUACUAUGAGUUUGGGAAACUGAAGUGUGAUGUAUGCGAUUGUGAUGUAUUGGAAGAGAAUGCUAAACGGCAUGUGAUGUCGCUGGAACAUAAGGAGAAGAUGGGUUCCAGCUUUGUGAACCUUGAGACCUCCGUUAUGGAUUAAGGUAAUUAUUAGUUAUUAUUUUUAGUUAUUUAUGCAACUGUUGUGUAAUAAGGGGUAUUAAAACACGAAUGUGGGUUUAUAACACGAGGCGGAGCCGAGUGUCAUAAUAGUAUCACAUGUGUGUUUUAAUACCAAAUUAUCAACAGUUGCAUACAAGACUAUCUACACCCAUAAUAUGAAUCCUCUAUAAAAGAUUCUGAAGCAGUUAGAUUACUGCUAACAUUAAAAAGCCAGUCCUAGUAAUCAUUAAAUCAUCCAAACGAGUGUUGUAAUGUUGUACUGAAUUUCAUUGCAACACUCGUUUGGAUGAUGUAAAGGCUAUUAGGACAUUGGGUGUUUUAAUGUUGUCAAUAAGCUAACUGUUUUAGAAUCUUCAAUAGAUGUUUUAACUAUGGGUUUAGAUAAUAGUACAUUAUUGCAAACGACGGGAAGUAGGCAAUUGCAGGUCGAGUAUGAGUUUGAAGGCCGAGCCGUAGACGAGGACUUCACUAAAUACGAGACAGGCAAUUGCCAUUUCCCGCCGAGGCAUACAUAGUGCUUUUCUCAAAAAAAUGCAGGGAAAUAAAACACACUUUUUAUAUAUAAUAUAAAUUAAAAAAAAUUAAAUUCCCAUAAUUUUUCAAUUUUAUGCCGUUUUUAACAUGAACUGUACAUUUCAGCAUGGAAUAAAUUGCCUAUAAUGUUUUUGGCUUGUUUUUGGCCAUGAAUGACAAAAGAGAUCCCAUCGAAGAGUAUUUUAUAACCCCAGUACGCCGUUUCAUACAAGGAGCGUUAUAAUGUUCCAAAUUCAAAAAACGCUCCUGCAAUGGAUUUGAUUUUCUUUGUCCGAAAAUACUUCGCGUGUUCUUUCUUCGAAAAUAAUGACAAUAUUUCCAUGCAUGUUUGAGAACAAUUAUUUAUUUCAUCAACAACAGAUACACAUAUUAUUUGCUUGAGAUUAUAUAUAAUCGACUGUACGAAAUAAGAUCAAAAGGGGUUGUUUUUUAAAACAAAUUUUAAAACCACCCACUGAAAUCACAAAACAGCUAACAUAUAAAUAAUAACUGUAAAAUUAAAUAAAUUAAUAAUUAAUUACUUUAGACGAAACAAACUCUAAGCUUCUAACAAUAAAUUACGAAUAAUGACACAAUGAAAUAUUCAAACAGUAAUCGGACAGAGACCCACUAACUCCUCAACGGAUGCAGCGGAAGAGAAACUCUCUAAGAAAAAAGCGAUUUACUCCAUUGUAUGAAACGUGCGGUCAUUGACAGAUGACGGCUAAAAUCUUGUAAAAAAAGAGAUUUCACUACGUUAGAGAGAAAUUCACUACGUUUUAAGCAACUGUUCGCUUUCAAAUUUAGCCGGAUUAUACUUCGCGGCCAAUCGCCAUAAAGUAUAAUGUAUAGUGGCGUUCCUCCUAAGGAACGGGCGGCAGGAAUCAGGUGAAACAGCUCUUUCGAACACUCCCCGUGAUAAAAUGAGGUAGGAGAUACAAUGAAGCGAGGUCUUUACGCAACGCCAAGUGUGAUGAUAAUUUGAAGAACCCCUUUAAAAAGCAUUAUUAAGUUAUUAUAAUAAUGUACCUAUAUCAAGUCUUUAGUCCUUGAUAUGUGACACGGCACUAUACGACUACGAUAGGAAAAGUUUUUAUAUAAUAUGUAUUCUUGACAUGUGACAAAUACAGGCGCUGUACGCAAAACUAACCAGUCUUUCUUUGUUCUAGAUUCAAGUUUGACAUUACGUUUACGUUUAAACAUGGCGUCGCGUGUUCGAUCUUCAAAUGUGAUAACGUUUUACACAAGCAAGUUUGUAAUGAUGUAAUGAAAUUAUUUUAUAAAUUG